GAACACAAUGUUAUCAUCAUGCAUGAGGGACUGUCCCAGCAGAUGUCUGGAACAAUAGUCAAGUCUAGUAUAUACUCCAUACCAGAGUUAGGCUCUCAGCUAAAUUAGCAGUGGUUGUGGAGACUUAGUGGAUUGGAACUGUAAUCAUGCCAUUCUUUCUCAGAUCCUUAAUAAUUGUGGCAACACUUCUAGCAGCAGUAAUCACUAUCUCCUUUUCUCAAGAUGCAUCACCAAUACCAAGUGGGCCUAUAAAAGGAGAAGCAGGAGAAAAGGGACGAAGUGGAAAUGCAGGACCUGGAGGAUCUCGAGAAAAAAGUUGCCCCCCUCACCCAGUACGUCAACCUGGAUCUCCAGGGAUUGCAGGACCUGGAGGAUCUCCAAGACAAAGUUGCUCCCCUGGACCAGUAGAUCCACCUGGACCAGUAGGUCCACCUGGACCAGUAGGUCCAACUGGACCUCAAGGGAUUGCAGGAUCUGCAGGAUCUCCAGGAGAGAGUGGCCGACCUGGCCGAGUAGGUCCAACUGGACCUAUGGGACCUGGAGGAACUCCAGGAGAAAGUGCCCCCCCUGGCCCAGUAGGUCCAACUGGACCUCGAGGGAUUGCAGGACCUGGAGGAUCUCGAGGAAAAAGUGGCCCCCCUGGCCGAGUAGGUCCAAGUGGAUCUCCAGGGAUGGAAGGGGCACAGGGCCGGAGAGGUGUGAAGGGAACUACGGGAGAGAACGGUGAGAAGGGAGAUAUAGGAUUACUAGGCCCAACUGGAAAUACUGGAGCUCAAGGAGAUCCAGGAGAUGUAGGGUUCCCUGGACAACCAGGGAAUAUUGGAGCUCAGGGACUGAAAGGAGAACUCGGAGAGAGAGGGUUUCAAGGACCAGGAGGGUUUCAAGGACCAACAGGACCAACAGGAGAGAGAGGGGUUCAAGGACCAACAGGAGAGAGAGGGUUUCAAGGACCAACAGGACUAACAGGAAAACCAGGAGAGAGAGGGUACCCUGGACCACAAGGAGACCCUGGAGGUGAAGGAGUGAAAGGACAAAAAGGGGAGGCAGGAGCAGCAAAGGGGGACAGAGGAAGCCAGGGAGUACGUGGGGAGAAAGGAGAUGAAGGUACACAGGGUCUGUCAGGAUACCGAGGACCACAGGGACAAAAGGGAGAGUUUGGACAGCCUGGAGACAAGGGAGAAAGAGGACACCUAGGAUUACGAGGAGACAAGGGAGAGGUUGGAUCCCAAGGACCGCGGGGCUCUGCUGGUCGAGACGGCUCACCUGGAUCUCCAGGAGAACCAGGAUUUAAAGGACCAUCAGGAGAACAUGGAGAUCCAGGCCAACAAGGUCCACGUGGUUUGUCUGGGAGAAACGGUUUACCUGGAUACCCUGGGGCAGUUGGACGGCCGGGAACACCUGGUAAACCAGGAAUACCAGGAGAGAGUGGAGAGAAGGGAGAUCAUGGAACUUGUGAAUGUGAAGGAGCACCAGCCCCUGGAUCACAAGGAGCACCAGUUCUCUCAGGCACAGGAGGAGCUGUCUAUGUUCGCUUGGGGGAGGACUGUUUGUCCCAGUGACCAGGGAACCCAACUAGUGUAUUCUGGGAGAGCUGGAGGGACAGAUGGAGGGGCUGACCACCUCUGCAUGCCAAACGCUCCCGAGUACCUUCAGUUCACCAGUGGGAACCAGGGAGUUCCCCUACAUGGAGUGGAGUAUCGAGCCGGAGACAAUAGCUCACUGUCCAGUGUUGAAAACCACAACGUUCCGUGUGCUCUGUGCUACACCACCACACGAGUCACAGUGGUCAUGAUCCCAGCCAAUGUCAACUGCCCAACUAACUGGACUAUGGAGUACAAUGGCUACCUCAUGACCGCACACUCCAACAACCAUCGCUCGACGUACCAGUGUGUGGACAGGGACCCUGAGACUGUUCCAGGCACCAGCAGUGAGCAGAGUUCUGAUGAUGCUCUCUUCUACCACGUGGAGGCAGUCUGCACUGGAGACUACUGCCCUCUGUAUCGCGACGAUGGAAAGGAGCUCACCUGUGUAGUGUGCUCUCGCUGAACUUGCUGAUUGCUCCAAGACAGUUAUACAUGUAGAU